CGACAACAUAGGGAAACUAAAGUGUAGAAAUUCCGUGGUACGUAUUUCAAUUAUUAUUGUAAUGGAAGAAGAACUUCAAAGAUUCUUCAAGGUGUUGAUGCCUGGUUUCGAAACAAAACUUAUGCUUCCCCCGGUAAUAUGUGAGAAGCUGCGUGGAAUAGAGUCAAAAGGAACGAUUAUGUUAGAGAGCCAAAAGGGAAGAUGGGUCGUACAAAUAGCAAAAUGCGAAGAAGGAAAUCUAUGGUUGACAGAAGGAUGGAACAAGUUUGUGCGUCAACACGAAUUGGAGGUCGGAGAUUUUGUGGUGUUCAAACGUAUGGGUAGGAGCAUGCAAUUUAAGGUCACUCUGUUUGAUCGUUCUUGCUGCGAGAAAGAUCUUUGCCCUAGCGGCGGCGGCGGCACGCUAGAAACUAAUAACGACGGUGUAUCUAAGGUGGAAGUUAACGAAGAAGAUGCACAUGUCCAAAGACACACUAAUCGUAUCAAAAGCUCCAUGAAGGGUAAAAUGAAUGAUGUUGGAAUUGAUGGAGCACAUAGCAUGGUCCUCAUGGAUGUCGGCAGAAAAAGAGGGCGUCCUAAGGCGGGAAGCAUAGUUUCACAGAGCCAAAAACAACAUAUGUCACCAAUGAGGUCAUACAAUGUCCGUAAACAAGGGCCGUAUUUGAAUAUACCUCGAGAGUUUUGCGUAGCAAACGGAUAUUGUCAAAACACAAGAGUAACCCUGAAAGGUCCUAUUGGGGACUGCAAAGUUACUCUCUUGGUAAACAAAUGUGCCUUCUUUAGUCAGGGUUGGCGUGAGUUUGUAGAGAUCAAUAGAGUGGAAGAAGGAGAUAUUUGCAUCAUCAGGCCCCGUGACACUACGAGUAGUAAAGGUGGCAGGGUAUUUGAUAUCGAGGUCCUUCGGGUGGGGACCAGCUAGGCUUGUUUAUAUUUAUGACCAGACCCCACCAAUUCUUAUAAUCACAUUUGUGUUCCAUAUGUUCUCUUCGAUCACUUCCAUUACUAGUGAAAUUCAUUUUGUCGAAUAAUAUUCUUUAUUUGGACGGAUAGUAAGUUGGUUGCAUGUAUCAUAUUGCACCUUAUAUCAUUAUAAGG